CGACGCUGGCUGCACAGGUCUUUUCUUUCCACUUUGGCCCAGUGCGCUCCGGUUCCGGGCUUUGGAGGAUGUCAGGAUGUCGGUGUGUGUACGCAUCCACCCACUGAGAAGAUGGUGCUGAGAGCGAGCUGUACUGGGCUGUGCUCGGCGGGACCGGCGUAGUGUGUGCUCACCUCGGUGCGCUAUCAGCCCGGCGUUAACCCCGAUAUUCACCCGGCGCAACCCUGUUACAGUUCACCUCCAUCGUCGUUCCGCGCCUGCCACGGGGACGUGUCCUUGGAAUCCUUCCAGCAGGGGGAUUUGGCUGUGUUUGUUUGAUGUCCCCCUCCCUCCCCGCGUCUCCUUCUGGACACUAAUGCAACGCCGGUCAACAUCGUAAGCGGGGUUUUUCCUCUGCGAUUUAAUUUAAAUAGAAUUGUCCUGCCCGUUUCUUGCCCCUGCCUGCCGGAGGAAUGGAUGACAUUUUGAAGAAAAUAGCCAAGGAAGCGUCUGGAAAUAAAUAUAAGUCUUUAAGAGACGCCUGCAACUUGGCAUGUGAGACAUUAGAGUUGGAAAAUGGAACUGCCAGGCUGCCCACUUAUCAAUUGAGGGAUUGCUGCCUGGCCCCCCUGAAGCUCGCACUGGAAUCGAAGAAUGUCAGGCUGGCGCAGCACGCAUUAAUGGGAAUGCAGAAGCUGCUGGUGGACGAGCGGCUGGUCUUGCCGGAGAAGGAUCUGGAGGAGAGACAGCUGCUAAACCAGAUGCUGGACUCCAUGAAGGUCACGCCUUUCCUCAACGAGGACCUGCAGGUGGAAGUGAUGAAGGUCCUGCUUUGUAUCACAUAUUCUUCAACGUUUGAAAUAAAUGGCAGUGCCAUCCUAAAGAUCGCUGAGGUUUGUAUUGAGACUUACAUCGCCAGCUGUCACCAGCGCAGCAUCAACACCGCUGUACGUGCCACCCUCAGCCAGAUGUUCAGCGACCUGGCUCAGCAGCUGCGUGCCAAGCAGGAGAGCGAGAACGAGGGGGGACGGCCACUGCAGGAGGAAUCUCACAUCAAAGGUGUGCCGAUCUCUACUGAGUCACUUUGUGAAGACGUGGUGUCUGUGCUUGCUGUUCUUUACGAGAAGCUGCAGAGGGUUGUGAAUGACAGUCAGCAUCUGCAGCUCCUGUACCUGGAGUGUAUUCUCUCCAUGCUCAGCAGUUCCUCCCCUCUCAUGCAUUGCCAUAAGGGUUUCACCGACCUGCUGUGGAGGCAGCUUUGUCCGGUGCUGAUUGUCAUUCUGGGAAACCCCGUCCACGACAAGACCAUCUCGUCCGCCCAUGGUGCCUCUUCGACAGAAAGUGAGGCCACAUUCUCUGGUGUGUCUGACCAUGGCCGAGGCUCUGGCUGCUCGUCCCUGGCGCCGGCUCUCAGCGGGCCAGUGGCGCGCACUAUAUACUACAUCGCGGUGGAGCUGGUGCGGCUGGUCGGCUGCCUGGAGUCACUGAGGCCGGUGCUGCAGUCCCUAUACCAUCGGCUGCUGCUCUACCCACCCCCUCAGCACCGGGUGGAGGCCAUCAAGAUUAUGAAGGAGAUCUUCGGAAGCCCCCAGCGCCUGUAUGAUCUCGCUGGUCCCACUACAUACGAAGGGGAAACUAGGAGGCGAUCUAGUCAGAGGAGGAAAUCGCACUUGGAUCUUCACAAGAUCAUCAUGGAUGGGACAGCAGAGGCCUGUGCGAAGGGUGGGAUCGAGGCCUGCCAUGCAGCCGUCUCCUGUGUCUGCGCGCUGCUGGCCGGCCUGGACCAGCUGAGCCAGGGGCGGGGGCUACGUGAAGACCAGGUACGUCACCUGCUGCGACAUGCCGAGGAGCUGAAAGGAGGCGGCGGUGGGGAGUCGGCCCGGGAGUCGCUGGAGGUCAGCGAGGCGGACUUCCGCUGGCAGCGCCGGCUCUUGUCUGCCGAGCAGCCUCACUGGGACACUGGCACUGAGCGCAGCCCUGAAGUCAGUGUUGGCAUCAGCAUUACUGCAGAGAAUGGCGACCCCGCCCCAGAGGAUGGGAACCUGGCCCAGACAACCCCCGAAGAGUGCCAGCAGCCAGGGAGGGAGAUCGCCGCCGGCCUCGAGCUGGGGGCUGAGACGUCGUGCAGGGCACUGGGCACCCAGCCAGGGGCUAUCCACCACCAGCACCGCCGCAGCAGCAGUGGCAGCAACCACGCUGGCACCGACUUUCCCAACCUCCUCACUGUCAAGCCGGCGGGGUCCCGCUACAGCGAGAGCAACUUCAGCGUCGACGAACAGGACAUCUCCCGAACAGACUUCGACUCCUGUGACCAGUACUCCACCGCAGCCGAGAAGGACUCCGGCAGAUCGGACGUCUCUGAGAUCGGCUCCGACAACGGCUCUCUGGCGGACGAGGAGCCUGCCUGUCCCACCCGCCGGCCACUGCAUGGCACUACCCUCACCCUGAAGGUCCUGAAGAACCAAGAGGCUGACCAACACAGCGCCCGGAUCUUCGUGCAGUCGCUCGUCACCAUCCUCCCUCGCCUCUUGUCCCUCCAGACCAUCGAGGAGGUGGAUUCCUCCCUACAGAGCUUCGCCUCCGUCUUCUGCUCUGGCCUGCAAUCAGAGUUGUUACGCUCUCCGGGGCCGGACGCAGGGGAGGACGCUGGCUGUCAGACACUGAUGAACGCGGACGGCCUGUACCUGGUUGCUUUCCAUGCCCUCUCACUGAGCCUGAAGCUGAAUGCCUGCGACUACUACCGGAGGAAGCCAGCGCCCGUUCCAGUCUCACUGAAAGAGUUUGUGAGGCAGGUUCAGAGCAGCCGGGUACUGAUGGUGCUGUCUCAGGCGUGGAUUGAAGAACUAUACCAUCAGGUGCUGGACCGCAACUUGUUGGGAGAGGCCGGAUACUGGGGAACGCCACAGGAGCACUCCCUGCCCUUCAUCGUCAUGUUAACGGAUAUGGAUGGAUUGGGAAGUAGUGCAGUGGGUGGACAGAUGGUCAGCAUCGCCUCAGGACAAUCUCCACUGGCUCAGGAAAAGAACACCCCUGAUUCGGUAACUGCAGGUUCCUGUUUUGCCCGGUUCAUCCUGAUGGGCUGCUGGAAGAACCUGAUCGACACACUCUCCACGCCGCUGACAGGCCGGGUGGCGGGCAGCUCCAAGGGGCUGGCCUUCAUCCUGGGCACGGAAGGCAUCAAGGAACAAAACCGGAAGGAGCGCGACGCUAUUUGCAUGAGCCUGGAUGGCCUGCGGAAAGCCGCCCGCCUCAGCUGUGCCCUGGGCGUGGCGGCCAAUUGUGCUUCAGCCCUCGCGCAGAUGUCAGCGGCAUCAUGCGUUCAGGAUGAGAAGGAGAACAAGGAAACCCCUGAGGCCACAGACCCUAUAGCACAAGUGAAACAAAGAAUGGAGCAGAUCGGGCGUCCCCAUGGAGUUGAGCUGCAUACGGCACAUGUGUUGUGCAUGGAUGCCAUCCUCACCGUGGGCCUAGAGAUGGGCAGCCACAACGCAGACUGCUGGCAGCACGUCUUCAGGGUAUGUGAAUACGUCAGCACGUUGGAGCACAGCCACUUCAGUGAUGGAGGCUCCCAACCUCCCAUCACCAUCACACAGGCCCAGCAGGCAUCGCCAGACACAGCACGCUACUCCGCCAGGGACCCUGGCCUCGAGCUGGACACCAACAUCAGCAAACCCGUCAUCCAGUCCUUCACCAUCCAGGAGCUGAUCAAAGACAGCCACAAGGGGAAGGCAUUUGACAGCCGCGGGGGAGGUGUGCUGACUGGGAGCCACGCCGCCAAGGUGGUCUGCACGCUCUCUACCAUGGCCGACAGGUUGUUUGAAGAUGCUGCUGUGAAACUGAAUCUGAACGCUCUGGUCGGAUUCCUCAGUCAGUUGCGGAAGGCGUCACAAGCACAGCUCUUUGACUCCGCUGCAGAGAUUGUGGACUACUCGUUAGCAAUGCCAGGAGAGGCCAGAUCCACGCUAGACCGUCGCAGCACCCUGCACCUCUUCCGGCUGGGUGACGUGAUGUUGCGGAUCGUGCGAAGCCGGGCUCGUCCCCUCCUGCACUUGAUGAAGACCUGGGGUGUGGUGGGCCCUCACUUGGCAGAGGCUGCCUGCCACAGGGAGAGGCACGUAUCCCAGAAGGCCGUCUCCUUCAUCCAUGACAUCCUGACAGAAGUCCUCGCGGACUGGAACGAAUUGCCGCACUUCCACUUCAACGAGGCUCUGUUCCGGCCGUUUGAGCACAUCAUGCAGUUGGAGCUGUGCGAUGAAGAUGUGCAGGAUCAGGUGAUUACGUCGAUUGGAGAGCUGGUGGAGGCCUGUUCACCGCAGAUCCAGUCCGGCUGGCGUCCGCUCUUCAGUGCGUUGAAGACGGUGCACAGUAACAAGUCUGACGUGAAGGAGUACCUGAUCGGUGAUUACUCCACAGGGAAAUCCCAGGCUCCAGUCUUCGACGUCUUUGAAGCGUUCCUCAACACGGAUAACAUUCAAGUCUUUGUUAACGCAGCCACUGACUAUAUAAUGUGCCUUAUGAAGUUUGUCAAAGGUUUGGGUGGUGAAGAUUGUAGAGAAAUAGGGAAUUGCUACACAGGAUCCAGUUCUUCGGAUUUAUGCCUUCCCGCCCUGGAUUACCUCAGGAAGUGUUCACAGUUAUUAGCUAAGAUCUACAAGAUGCCUUCGAAACCCAUUUUCCACGGGGCUCAGUUCGCCAGCUUCCCCUUCAAAGGCCUGGAGAAGUCACUGAGCAGCGAGGAUGGGAUCGAGACUGCCCUCAACGAGUUCGAUGAUGACACAGGUUUGAUUCAGGUCUGGAUUCUGCUACUGGAACAGCUGACUACUGCCAUCUCCAACUGCCCCCGCCAGCAUCAGCCUCCCACCUUGGAGCUCCUGUUCGAGCUGUUGCGAGAGAUUACCAAAGUCCCAGGUCCAGGAUUUGGCAUCUUUGCUGUAACCCAUCUCCUCCUCCCGGUCAUGUCCAUGUGGCUUCAGCGUAACCAUGGAGAUCAGGCAUACUGGGAGAUGGCAGCUGCCAAUUUCAAGCAUGCCAUCGGUCUGUCCUCAGAACUGGUGAUGGAGCACAUCCACUGCUUCAUCCAGUCAGACAUUGGCUACGAGAACAGCAUCAACACUAUGUUGAGAGACUUGCUCCAGCUGCUCGUGUCCUGUAUUGCGGAACCCACUGAGACCAUCUCCCGGGUGGGCUGCUCUUGCAUCAGGUACGUCCUGGUUACUGCUGGACCUGUGUUCACCGACGAGAUGUGGAGGCUGGCUUGCUGUGCUCUGCAAGAUGCCUUCACGGUUACCCUGGAGCCAGUAAAGAACCUGCUGGCCUGUUUCCGGAGUGGCUCAGAGAGCUUCAGUGGUGAUGCAUGUGAGGUGAAGGUAGCAGCACCCUCACACUCUGCCAGCGCAGAGGCAGAGUACUGGAGAAUCCGGGCAAUGGCACAGCAGGUUUUCCUACUGGAUACUCAGUGUUCUCCGAAGACUCCCAACAGCAGAGAGGGUUUUGAACAUGCUCAGUCCUGUGUGCUGAUCAUCGAGCUGCCGCCGGAUGACAAGCCCAACGGUCACACUCAGAGGAGAAUCCCGUUCCGCACGAUCGUGGUCAGCUUGCUGUCCCACCAGGUGCUGCUGCAGAACCUGUACGACGUGCUGCUGGAGGAGUUUGUCAAGGGUCCGACGCCCAGUGGCGACGCACCGGACCGGGCCGUUGGCCUGGGAGAGGGCCGGCCGGCCGGCUUCCUGCGCUACAUCUCCAUGCAGAACCUGGCCGUCAUCUUCGACUUGCUGCUGGACUCGUACCGGACGGCACGCGAGUUCGACACCCGGCCCGGCCUCAAGUACCUACUGAUGAGGGUGUCCGGGGUGGGCGGCGCCGCCAACCUCUACCGCCAGUCGGCCACGAGCUUCAGCAUCUACUUCCAGGCGCUGAUCUGCGCCAUCCUCACCAACCAGGAGCACAUCUCGGCCGAGCAGGUCAAGAAGAUCCUGUGCGAGCAGCAGCAGGAGGAGGAGGAGGAGGGGGAGCUGAGCUCGGACUCGUCACAGCAGUGCUCGUCCGAGGACGAGGACAUCUUCGAGGAGACGGCCCAGGUCAGCCCGCCGCGGGGCAAGGAGAAGCGGCAGUGGCGAGCACGGAUGCCGUCCCUCAGCGUCCAACCGUGCAGCAAUGCUGACUGGGCCUGGCUGGUGAGGCGACUGCACAAGCUGUGCCUGGAGGUCUGCAACCACUACAUCCAGCUGCACCUCGACCUGCAGACCUGCGCUGACGAGCCGCCGCCGGCGCAACAGCAGCCGCUGCUCGCUGGGAGGGGCGAGCCGCUCUUCUUCCUGCCCUCCUGCCCUUCCGAGGGCUCAAGCCCGUCCACCGCCUGCGCCUCGGUCAGGGAGACGCCGUCCGACGAGGGCGCCGCCGGCCGCGCCCGCGCCUGCGCCCCCAGCCCCGCCUCGCCGCCACCCGGGGGGAAGGCACGCAGCGGGGAGGGCUGGCGGCCAGGCAGGCGGGCAAGCAGCGGGAGGAGCGAGGACGGCGACCCUCGCGGCGGGGAGGGCAGGAAGGACGACGACGGGGCAGGGGCAGAGGCAGACCCCCCUGCUGAGCCCGCGCCCGGCAGUCCGGCCCCCACCGUCCCCGCCGGUGCGGAUGUGGAGCCGGGCCGGAGGAAGGACUGGUGGGAGAGCGCGGGAAGCCGGAUCUAUACCAUCGCCACCGACCGCACCAUCGGCAAGCUGGUACUGGAGUACAAGAGGCGGAAACAGCAGAACAGCAACCCGAGCAAGGGGGAGGCGACCUGCACCCGCGGCCCCGAGUCGCCCCUGCAGCGGCCUCAGCAGCUGCUCGAGCACAGCCGCAUGCGGCACUCAUUCAGCGCUGGCGCCGAGCUGCUCCGCCAGGACAGGAGACCUCGCUCGGGCUCCACGGCCAGCUGCCACAACGUCUCCGUGCGCGACACCGAGGGACAGAUGCAGGCUUGGACCAACAUGAUACUCACCAUCCUCAACCAGAUCCAGCUUCUGCCAGAUCAAACCUUCACAGCUCUACAGCCCUCAGUGUACCCAAGUAUCAGCCAGCUCACCUGCCACGUAACUGACGUCCGAGUACGUCAGGCCGUCCGCGAGUGGCUGGGCAGAGUGGGGAGAGUUUACGACAUCAUCGUGUAACGCAGCGGGGAAGGACGGGAAUAUGUAUACAUGAAGCACAGUGGUUCCCUUUCUGUGUGUUGGCCCAGUGACCACCUUUCUCAAUCACGUCUGGGAGAUAGCCUCCCAGUCAGAGCUCACUACUGUCCAUCCAUUACUGCUGGCCGUCAGCUUGCUCCCUGUCGGAGUCAUUUAAACCGAGAUGCCAAAGGAAUUGUACUGAGGAGUCAUAUUCUGCAGUGUAAAUGAACCAUCUGUUUCUGAGACCAAGUGGGAGCAUUUCAUGUCCGACGGUUCAAUAGAACAUUGAAGCAUACAGCACAGUACCACCAGAACAUGUCGGAGCAACUCAGCAGGUCAGGCAGCAUCUGUCAAGAGGAAUAAAGAGCCGACGUUUUGGGCCGGCACCCUUCAUCGGGCAGGAUCGUUUGAUAAACCGGUCCAGUGGGAAUUUCAGAACGCAAAGUGAAGUCCUGAUUAAUUAACCCUUCAUUAGUCCUGAUGAACCUUAACUCUUUAUUCCCCUCCAUAGAUGCUGCCUGACCUGCUGAAUUCCACCAGUAUUUUAUGUGUAUUCUCUGGAUUUCCAGCAUCUGUAGAAUUUCUUGCGUUGCAACAUUUUUUUCUACUCUGGGGCCAAUCUAACACUUCUGUCCCAUGAGGCCCUCUAUUUUUCUAUCACUCAUGUGCCUGUCGAUUAGUCUUUUAAAUGUCCCUCAUGUAUCCAUCUCUAUCACCAGCCCCGACAGGGCGUUCCACGCACCCUCCACUCUCUGUAAAACAACCGUACCUCUGACAAUCCCCCCCCCCCAUACUCUGCUCCAAACACCUCAACAUUAUAAACACAAGAGAGUCUGCAGAUGCUAGAAAUCCAAGCAGCACACACAAAAUGCUGGAGGAACUCAGCAGGCCAGGCAGCAUCUAUGGAAAAGAGUACAGUGGACGUUUCAGGCCGAGACCAUUCUUCAGGACUGAGAAGGAAAGGAGAAGAUGUCAGAAUAGAAAGGUGGGGGCAGGUGGUUAGCUGAAAGGUGAUGGGUAAAGCCAGGUGGGUGGGAAAUAUCUAGGGCUGGAGAAGAAGGAAUCCGGUCGGAGAGGAGAAUGGAUAAUAGGAGAAAGGGGAGGAGGAGAGGACCCAGAGGGAAAAAAUAGACAAGUGACAGAAGCAAAAAGGUCAGAGUGGGGAUGGGGGAGGGGGUAGUUUGUUCACUGGAAGGAGAAAUCGAUAUUCAUGCCGUCAGGUUGGAGGCUACCCAGACUGAGUACAAGGUGUUUCUCCUCCAUCCUGAGGGUGGCCUCCUCUUGGCACAAGAGGAGGCCAUGGAUUGACAUGUUGGAAUGGGAAUCGGAAUUAAAAUGUUUGGCCACUGGGAAGUCCUGCUUGUGACAGAUGGUGGGGAGUUGCUUAAUGAACUGGUUCCCCCCAAUUUACAACAGGUCUCAUCACUGUAGGGGAGGCCACAUCGGAAGCACCGAGCACAAUAGAUCCCCAGCAGAUCCACAAGUGAAGUGUUGUCUCACCUGCAAGGACUGUGUGGAUGCAAGGGAGGAGGUCUGUGGGGAGGAUUAACACUUGGGCUGCUUACAGGGAUAAGUGCUGGGAGGGAGAUUCUAGAGGAAGGACAAAUGGGCAAGGGAAUCACAGAGAUAUGCUCCCUCAUGUUAGUCUCUGACUAUUCACUCUAUCAAUGCCUUUUACUAUCUUGUACCCCUUCAUCAAGUCAACUUUCAUCCUCCUUCACUCUAAAGAGAAGGCCCUAGUCCCCAUCCUUCAACAUACAGUGACAUUCUGUUUGCCACCCAGGUUGAGUUGGAAGCGGGGUAGACGAGUGAUGAGGCUUGUCUCAGGUCAGACACACCCUGGGUCUGCAGGGGUCUCCCGUCUGAGUAAGGUCAAAGCCACAGAUCACACUUCCAUUUUGGAAGUUCCACGCAUAGAAGCAACUCCUUUUGCCGGGGCAGUGAGCUGAAGCUGACCAAAGAGACGGAAGCUGUUCUCCCUUCGUGCAUCCUUUCUGUCAGAGUCUAUGCGUGACCAUGCUCUUCUUGAAAGACAAAGUUCCUUAGUGAAUGAGUCCAAGCAUUUGGGCUCCUGUUGCCCUGGAGGUGCCUGCUCCAAGUAUUGGUUGCUAUGUGUUUGUAGCACAUGAUGCCAUCUUCUAUUUAGAGAUACAGGGCAGUUACAGGCCCUUCUGGCCCAACGGGCUCGUGUUACCUAAUUACACCCAUGUGACCAGUUAACCUGUACAUCUUUGGAAUGGGUGAAGGGUGAAAAGUGAAAUGUUGAAGGGGGCCAUGAGGGGGUACCUCUUCACUCAGAGGGUGGUGAGAGUGUGGAACAAGCUGACAGUGCAAGUGGUGCACAUGAGCUCGAUUUCAAUGUUGAAGAGAAGCUUUGAUAAGUAUAAGGAUGGGAGGGGUUUGGAGGGCUAUGGUCUGGGUACAGGUUGAUGAGACUAGGCAGAGUAACAGUUCAGUGCAGACUAGAUGGGCCAAAGGGCCUGUUUCUUUCCUGUAGUGUUCUGUGACUCUUUACUGUUCAGUCUGUCCCUCAUCCCUCUGUUGCACCCCCCCCCCCCCAUCUCCAACCCACCAUCUCUGAACUUUUGGACAGUGAGGACCUUUCAGACAUCUGUGCAAAAGGACGUGUGGAAAUCUUGGGAUACCUCAGCCACUCAACUCCUCAGUAGCCUUUUUACAUGCUCUCUUCUAUCUCUACUGAUUCCUACUUGUUCUAGGUGAGCAACUGGUUAUUGGUCUUGUGAGGAAAGGUUGAGCGAGCUAGGGCUUUUCUCUUUGGACCCAAGGAUGACUCAGUAGAGGUGUAAAAGAUGAUAAGAGGAACAUAGAUCGAAUGGACAGCCAGAGACUUUUCCCCAGGCAGAAAUGGCUAAUGAGGGGGCAUAAUUUUAAGAAGAUUGGAGGAAAGUAUAAGGGGAAGCGAGAGGUAGGUUUUAUAAACAGAGUGGUGAGUGCUUGGAGCACAUUGGUAGGGGUGGUGGUAGAGACAGAUGCAUUAGAGACAUUUAAGAGACUCUUAGAUAGAAAAAUGGAAGGCUAUGUGGGAGGGAAGGGUUAGAUUGAUCUUAGAGUAGGUUGAAAGAGUUGAUAGCCAGCACCUCUUCCCCAGGGCACCACUGCUCAAUACAAGAGGACAUGGCUUUAAGGUAAGGGGUGGGAAGUUCAAGGGGGAUAUUAGAGGAAGCUUUUUACUCAGAGAGUGGUUGGUACGUGGAAUGCACGGCCUGAGUCAGUGGUGGAGGCAGAUACACUAGGGAAGUUUAAGAGACUACUAGACAGGUAUAUGGAGGAAUUUAAGGUGGGGGGUUAUAUGGGAGACAGGGUUUAAGGGUCGGCACAACAUUGUGGGCCGAAGGGCCUGUACUGAGCUAUGAUGUUCCGUGUUUAGCUCUUUCAUAGAGUUUGCAGCAAAGGCAAGAAAAGAAUGGUCUGAGGGCUAAAUGGCCUCACAAUCCCAAACAGUGCUUGGGAGCCGACUCCUAGUUUCCCGCCAUCUUCACCUCGAAAUAGAUACCCAGUCCCCAAUCAUCACUGGGCUUAAAUGCUGGAGUUCCCUCCCCACACUGCCCUUCAGGAGAAUCUUCACCUGAAGGGCUGUGUUUCAUUGGUCCUGGGGAAUGAAGGGUCUCAGCCCAAACUACCGACUGUUUAUUCCUCUCCAUCGAUGCUGCCUGACCGGCUCAGUUCCUCCAGCGUUUUGUGUGCGUUGCUACAGUGUUUCAGGGAGCCAGCUCACUCACUACUUACUCAGGAACAAUUAAGGUUGGGCACUGAACACUGGCCCUGCCCAUGGUGUCCACAUUAAAUUACAAUAAUAUUCACACUACCCCUUGACAUAUAUAUGCCAACUCCUGAUUGAGAUGUUGGCCAUCAUAUCUAGUCAGUUCUUGACAUUGUUCACGUCAGAGAAGACUUCACCUAUCUUCCUUGCCAUUGGUCACACCAAACAAGAAUUCUCUGAUCUUCACCUACGGUGGAGAUUCCAUACUUAAUCCUCCCCGGCCUCUCUCACUUUCCAACGUGAAUUCAGCCCCAGGUGAAACUGUGAGAAUGUGUUGCAUGAAAGGCCUGUGGUGUCACUAAGCUAUAAUGUUCCCUGGUCCUAUCUACAUACAGUACUCAGUGACGCCAAAGAGUAGAAAAAUCCCAUUUGUACCCAAUGUCUUUUAUUGUGUCUUUAAAACGUGGCUUUCUUUUAGCUCAUUAACGUGAGUAUGUGCUAUGACUAGCAACAGGCUUGUCAUUCGUAUUUAACUCCUGUAAGAUGCCAGAAUUCUCCUACACAUCGAGACUGGCACUGAUGCAUUUUUCUCUGAGUAUGUAGCUGAAACUGUCAGGCCACCAAGAUUCUGUGCACCAUCUUACUGAUCACUCCUCCAAUCAGAUGCAGUGGAACAAACAAAUGCCAAAGGUCAUGAGUACAUAUCGCACCAAUAGCUGUCUGACACACUGCCAGGUACUUCUGAAGGAUGAAGUGUUUGACCAAAAUUCAGGGGGAAAAAGAUCUUGUUUUCAAAGCAAAUGGGAGAGUUCACUUUGGAAUCCUGCCAAAUCUGUAUUAAUCAAUUAACAUUAGCAAGAUUAUCUGGUCAUUGUUGCUGUUUGUGGGAGUUUGCUGUGCACAACUUGAGUGCCAUGUUUUGAAAACUUCAAAUGAACUUGGUUGGGUGUGAAAAAUUUGUGAAAUGCAAGUCUGUAUAUUUCCACUGGGUUUUGUGUCGUCAGCCAGGGUCUCGCCAGUAUUAUGAGCAUCUCAGAAGCAGUCUCCAGAAACAAACUUCAGAAUGAUUGGCCUCUUGCAGCUGUAGCCUACUUAGCAUUCGAGAUUGCAGCUUUAGGAAAUGAUGUUAAAGCAGUCCUGACAAUCAUCUGCCGUGGUACAUACUACUCUGACUAUACACCACUGAUAGAGGAUUAAAUGUACCUGCCACUGAGCAUCAAGAGCAGGUGAUUAGACUCUCCUGCUUGUGUGAGUGUUAUUUGCCGUUUGUAUCCUGAAUAGUGCGUAGACCUUACUGCCUGCUGGCCUAGCCUACUUCAUUAUCUGGUCAGCUGCCAACUCAACACUAGACGAUUAUGAGUGAAUUCUUUCAAUUCUGAACACAAAGUCAUUGAUGAAACAACCAAAGUGGUUGGGCUUAGAGCACCACCUUGAGUACAUCGAACAUUACAACAGAGUACUGGCCCUUCAGCCCACAACAUUGUGCCAACCCUUUAACCUACUCUAACCCUUUGCCCCCACAGAGCCUUCCAUUUUCCUUGCAUCCAUGGGCUCAUCUAAUGUCCCUAAUGUAUCUGUUUCUACCACCACCCCUGAGGACAUGUUCCACUCUCUGUGUAGGUUUUUCAUUUGGAAACAAAACACCCUAGCAGGCAGGAGUCCACGCCAUCCAUUUACACCCAUGUGACCAAUUAACCUAUUAACCUGCACGCCUUUGGAAUGUGGGAGGAAACCGGAGCACCCAGCGGAAACCCACAUGGCCACAGGGAGAAUGUGCAGACAGCGGAGUAAGUCCUGCAGUAUCAUCCUGAGACUCAGAUCAUAGACCUCCACCACAAUGACAAUCUUCCUUUGCGAGACGGACAACUCCAGUGGCUUUUUAUGCAGGCGUAUUGUACGUAGUGUAAUAAUUCCAUGCAAAUUUGCACUUCAAAAAUCCUUUGAACAGUACAGCGCAGGAACCAGCUAAAAGGCAAAUCAAAAACCCCCAAAUACUAAUCCCUCCUACCUACACCAUGUCCAUAUGUCCCCAUCUUCCUCACAUCCAUGUGCCUCUCUACACAUCUCUUAAAAGCCUGUAAUGUAUUUGUCUCUACCACCACACCAGCCAGCACAUUCCAGGCAUCCACCACUCUGUGAGUAAAAAACUAACUCCUCACAUCCCCUUUGACCCUACCCCCUCUCACCUUCAAUGCAUGCCCUCUGGUACUGGACACUUCAACCCUGGGAAACAGAUAUUCCCUGUCUACUCUAUCUAUACCUCUCAUAAUCUUAUAAACUUCUAUCAGAUCUCCCCUCAGCCUCUCCACUCCGGAGAAAACAACCUGUUUUCCCAGCCUCUCAUGAUAACACAUGCCUUCAAGUGGUACAUUUGAGGCUGCUCACAACUACAGUACUUCAAACUGGGUCACAGUCAGACUUCACUCCAUGAAACAGUUACUGUGCAACCUCGUUUACUCUCUUCUCAUGGUCGCCGUGAAAUGACUCCUUCACUUUUUAUUUAUGAAGUAUUUGUGCUUUCUGGGUGUUUCAGUUCACGUUCGGCUUCUUGGAACUUUGCUGCUAGUGUUGCUUAAUUUGUGUAAAGGAAACCCGAUCUGUGUGUAAAUUUUUGCUCUGCCAAAAGUGGUCUGAUUAGACCACCCAACUUUCAAAGCUACAUUUUGAAAAGCUUUUGCGAAAUAAAUUAUAUUUAUGUUGCUCGUAUUGUUGAAUAAAAUGCAGGUGCACAACUG